AUGAACCAAUUACUAUUAACACUAAGAUAUUUUGCCUCAGGCGAUUUUCUGAUAUCUGUUGGAGAUUUCGCUGGAAUCGACAAGGGGACAGCCAGCAGAAUUAUUAAAAAGGUCUCAGUGUCCAUUGCUUGCCUAGCACCAGCAUUCAUCAAAUUUCCGAACACGCAAGAGGAAAUUGCAAAAGCACAGGAGAAUUUCUUCAGAAUAGCGUCGUUUCCAAGAGUUUGUGGCACCAUAGAUUGCACACAUAUAAGAAUUAAGUCUCCAGGUGGUGACAAUGCCGAAGAAUAUAGAUGAAGAAAAUGAUAUUUUUCUUUGAAUGUGCAAACAGUGGCCAGCUGUGAUUUAAAAAUAUUGGACAUUGUCUGUAGGUUGCCAGAUUCAGCACAUGAUCAGACCAUUUUCAAUAAUUCUAGGCUGAAAGCUCGGCUUGAAAGUGGUGAAAUGGGUACUCGUGUGUUGUUGUGUGAUUCUGGUUAUGCAGCGUGUCAUUAUCUUCUUCCCCCGAUAACCAGUCCAAGGAUAAGAGCUGAAAAUCUUUACAAUGAAUCACAAAUAAGAACAAGAAAUGUGGUAGAGAGGUCGUACAGUGUUCGUAAGAGACGUUUUCCAGUCCUAUGUAGUGGAAUAACACUACAGAUUGAAAGAGCUGAGGCAAUAAUUGUUCCAUGUUCUGUGCUGCACAAUAUGGCAAUAGACAUGAAUGAGGGAUUGCCUCCUCUCGAUCCUGUAUUCCAGGCAGCCACUGAUAUGUCUAUUGCAGAUGAAAGAGACCAGGAUGCACAAGACAAUGGACAGGCCCAUCAGUCUUAG